GGACGCCGCUGCCAGGGCAUAUUCGUUUCUGGGCUCUCGUGACGAGUUGGCGUGUACUUCGUUGUUGGUUCAGUAAUCGCAGUAAGCUUCGUAAAAGUCCAAGAAACUACCGAGCAACAUGAGAGAAAUCGUCCAUAUUCAAGCCGGCCAGUGCGGUAACCAAAUUGGCGCAAAGUUUUGGGAAAUUAUCAGCGACGAGCAUGGCAUCGACCCAACUGGCACGUAUCACGGCGACUCGGAUCUUCAAUUGGAAAGGAUCAACGUGUACUACAAUGAAGCGUCCGGUGGCAAAUACGUUCCACGUGCCAUUCUCGUCGACUUGGAGCCGGGCACUAUGGACUCUGUUCGGUCAGGACCGUUCGGGCAGAUCUUCAGACCGGACAACUUUGUGUUUGGACAAUCCGGAGCGGGUAACAACUGGGCAAAGGGUCAUUACACCGAGGGCGCCGAAUUGGUCGACUCCGUCUUGGACGUAGUCAGAAAGGAAGCCGAGAACUGCGAUUGCCUGCAAGGUUUCCAACUAACUCACUCGCUCGGCGGUGGUACCGGUUCCGGUAUGGGAACGCUACUGAUCUCCAAAAUUCGUGAGGAGUACCCUGACAGAAUUAUGAACACAUACUCGGUCGUACCGUCCCCUAAGGUAUCGGACACUGUCGUUGAACCGUACAAUGCAACGCUUUCCGUACAUCAGCUGGUAGAAAACACAGACGAAACUUACUGCAUUGACAACGAGGCCCUCUACGAUAUCUGCUUCCGCACUCUGAAACUGUCCACACCUACCUACGGCGAUCUGAACCAUCUCGUCUCCCUCACAAUGUCCGGUGUCACAACUUGCUUAAGGUUCCCUGGCCAGUUGAACGCCGACUUGAGGAAACUCGCCGUGAACAUGGUACCAUUCCCUCGUCUUCACUUCUUUAUGCCAGGUUUUGCUCCUCUCACAUCUCGUGGCAGCCAACAGUACAGAGCACUGUCCGUACCAGAACUCACCCAACAAAUGUUCGACGCGAAGAACAUGAUGGCCGCCUGCGAUCCCAGGCACGGAAGGUACCUCACGGUAGCAGCCAUUUUCCGUGGCCGAAUGUCUAUGAAGGAGGUCGACGAACAAAUGUUAAACAUUCAAAAUAAGAACAGCUCGUACUUCGUCGAAUGGAUCCCGAAUAACGUGAAGACGGCCGUCUGUGACAUACCACCCCGCGGUCUGAAAAUGUCCGCCACCUUCAUUGGUAACUCCACCGCCAUCCAGGAGCUGUUCAAGAGAAUUUCCGAACAAUUCACAGCCAUGUUCAGGAGAAAAGCUUUCCUUCAUUGGUACACCGGCGAAGGUAUGGACGAGAUGGAAUUCACGGAAGCCGAGUCGAACAUGAACGAUCUGGUUUCGGAGUACCAGCAAUACCAGGAAGCUACCGCCGACGAGGACGCGGAAUUCGACGAGGAACAGGAAGCCGAGGUCGACGAGAAUUAAAGACCUAUUUACCAUCGUGUCGUCCCACCCCCGUUUAUCUCUCUUCGCUCGUACUGCUUCUUAACUCUGCGUUUUCCUUUCUCCUCUUCAUUUUUUAAUUUCUUUUUUACAGAUUCUUCUGACGCGCUUUUUAUUUUCAUUAGUAAUAUUACACUCGUCAAGAUAAUCCGAAAAUUUAUUCAACUUUGUUUACUACUUCCUUUUUUCUGUGUCGUUUUCUCAAUCAAUUUAUUACCAUUUACGAGGCGCGUCUUUGUAUUCAGUGUAUAAACCGCUCUGGCGGUCACCAUCAUCUUUGAAUAAAUUAUUAUCAUAUAAG